GCAUCUUGCCAAUUGAAUGUCUCGUUGGCAGUUGAUCCUUCUCAUCCAACACUUUUGUGCGCUUAUCUGCGGAUAUUCUUCCCUCUAUCCGAAUCAUGCACUUAUUUCCCCCUUCACCUCCUUUACGCGCUUCAUUGGGCCCCCUGAAUGUGCCUUGUUCAAAGCGACAUCAGAUGACAUUCGUUGCUCCCCCACCAGACCAGACAUCAAUGGACAGACGAAGGGCUACCCUUGCAAACCUUGCGAAACCUUGCGACGGUCACUCGCUGUCGCUGUCGCAGUCGCAGACUCGCAGCAUGUUCCGCCAAGCUUCACCUUUCCUCAUCGUAUCCUCUGAUAGACACCAAUAUUUACGGAGUACCUAAGGUACCUUACAUCAUACCAAGAAGUCCAGUCCACGUGCCUUGCUUUCCACCUCCGACUUUUACAGAUACACUAACCUCGCAGCUUUCGCCUCACUUUGCUUCACUGCGCUUUCAUCAACUCAAGCUGUUUGAUUGUCUACGUCUUCUAUCUGGGUUGUUUCAACAAAGACGGGGCCAUGCCAAAAACUCCAAACGACACCCAGAUGCCCACGGUUUCUGCGGGUCAGUGCCAUGGAGGGACCAGACCCAGAUGCUGGUUGGAUUGACUUUCUCAAUGACUGGCGCUGCGUGGUCUUUCCGAGGCCUAUCGAACCCGAUGACCAAUCGCGCAAUCCCACAUCCACUUCUCCUCCCAAA